AUGGUGACAAGUAUGUAUUAGUAUUAAAAUAGAAUGCAUAUAAAAAUAGUUCAAUAAAGUUUAGCUGCUUUUCUUAUUGAUCAAGAUGAAUCUCCAAUUUUAAGACUCUUGGCACUCAAAGUAAGAAUAUUACCAUAAAUUUAUUUAUAGUUCAAUAAGGAAUUAGCUGAAACAUUUAAUGAAGAUUAUAUACAUCUGAUGUAAAAAAUCGUUCUCCCUAAAAUGGAAUAGAUUGCAUUAUUCAAAAAAGAAUCAUAAGAUAAUGACAGAGGGAAAUUGUUCUUUUUAGACAAAUAGAAACCUCAUUAAGGUAUGUAGAGUACAAAAGUAGUUAAGGUAACAAAGAAUUGCAGGCAUUAGGAGAUUAAUUCUUCAGAGUUACAUUAGAAUGUAUUAGAAUUUGGGGUAGAUGGUUUCCAUUAGAUAAAUAACAUCAUAGACUUAGUUUAUAUCGUGUUGCUUAUGAGAGAUUAUAUAAAAUUGGAGUUCAUUUUCCAGAAAUCCAAUAUUUUGAUCUUCAUUAAGUUCACUCAAAUCUGCCUUCUACAUUUCCUCCUCUUUCAAUGGUAUAAUAAUUAAAGAGAGUUAUGAGUAUUCAUCUUCGUUCUACAACUAAAGAAAUCUGUAGAUAUUUGGAAUCUCAUUUACCUGAAGAAUAUCAUUAAACAUAAUAUUCAUCAUUUGCUGAAUUAUUUUAAACUAUAGUCAAAAAACAUAUACUUAACAAAAAUAAAUAAGCAAGAAUUGCAAAUAUAUUUUUAGAAAAAGAAUAGAAACUUUAAGAAAGUAAAAAAUAAGAAUGUCAUGAAGAAUGGACUUAACUUUAAAGACUAUAGAUUGAAAAUCAAUAAUUAUAAUAAUUAAACAAUAUGCAUUAAUAAAAAAUGUAAGAAUUAUAAAAAUAAAUUAUUCUAACUUAAAAUCAAAAUACUCUUUUGUAAUAAUAACUAUAAGAUAAACAAUUAUUAAUUUAAAAAUUAGAAACUGAUUGGAAGAAUAUAGAAAAAAAGCUUUUAUAUUUAUUAGAAGAAUACAAAAAAACCCAUGAUUCUAAAAAUCCUUUUAUUCUUGCAUCAUUUGAAAAACAUGUAAAUAUUUAAAAUUAUAUUAAAGUUAGCAGAAUAUAAAAUUGAAUUUGGUCUCUCUUAUAAGGAAGUUGAUUGUUUUAAGUUGAAAGCAGAAAAUGAAUAUUUAUUUAAACAAUUAAAUGAGUAAGAAGACCUAUAUAAUAAAAUUAAACAUGAAAAAGAAGUUUUACUUACUGAAAAUAGAUUAUUAAUGACAAAAUUAAAUAAUUUAUCUUAAAAAUCAAUAAAAGGAGAUAAAAUAGAACAAGAAAUACCAUAAAAUGUUGAAGAAUUUAAAUUAUACAAACAAAAAUCUAAUUUAGUUUAAUAUGAAUAAAUAAUGAUCUCAUAAAAGUAAUAAAUAACAUAAUUAAAAAAUCAACUACUUUAAAUGAAUGAUAAAAAAAAUAGUGUCACAAGUCAAACAUGGGGAAUCAGUACCAAAUCUAAUUCUAGAAGAAAUAUCAAUGAAUUAUAAGCAGGAAAUAUUUAAUCAUCAAAACAAUCUGAUAUUUAAAAAAGUCCUUAUAGAUAAUCAAAAAUAAUAAUGCCUCCUAUUAUAGAUUAUGAUCCAACUAUAUUUGCUAUUAAUCCUAGUAUUUUUAAUACAAGAUUUAGAUAAGCCUGUUUUACAUAAAAAUCUAUAAUACAUUAAGAUGAUAAUAUUUAAAUCAAUACAAGCACUUAAUUAAAAAUACAAGUAUUAUUUAUAACACUUACCAUUUAAAAUAAAUCAUCAAUAAAAUUAAAUGAUUUAAGUCUUAAAUUAUAAAGCACAGACUAAUUGUAGAUUAAAAUUUUAAAUGAUAUAAAUAAAGUAAUGAAUCCUGAUGAAAGUUAAAUAAUUUAAAUUUAAAUUGAAAUCAAAGAAAUACCAUUUUCAAUUUUGGAAGCUUAACUCAUUUACAUGGAUAAAAUUAUAUAAUUUGGUAUACCUUGUACAAUCAAUAAAUUUUUGACCUUCAAUUCUUGUUAACAAUUACCAACAACUUAUUUCUAUUAAAGCAAACCUUUUGUAACUGGAUUUUAAAGUUCUAUUCCUAAUCUUCUAUCAGAAUUUGAGAUAGUUAGUUAAUCUGAAAAUGAAAUAUCAGUAUUAGCAUAGGUAGAAUAUUAUAAUGAAGAAUAUGAAAUUAUGAUAUCUUGUAGAAAAUCUAUGAUGUCAAUAAAAAUGAAUGGUAGUUAUAAUGAUAGACUUGUUAAUACAAUCAUAUCUACUUACUAGGGUUUAUUUUUGAAAAGGUGA